UUAAUGCAGAUUAAAGUUAAAACGAGGGCACACAACCUGAGAUAUAAAUGAAUCUGUAAAUUGCUCCACAAUACUAUGCUGUUAGGAAUGAUUGUCAUGCACUAAGCCAAAUGAGUUUGUGCAGUGACAUCCUGAGCUGCUCUAUAUAAUCCAAUCACCUUGCUUGAGAGGCGGGGUUAGAGUAGGCUAAUAUUGUCUUUGUCUCAGGUGAGGUCAUGCAGGACAACAUGGAGACAGGUAAAGACAUUUCACUUGAUCUAACUGUGUUUUUCUUCCAUUAAGGCAUAACACAAACAAUUGGCCAAGUGGGAUAUCCUAAAGAAGACGACUUGCUUUAAUCUAUGAUUUAUAUUCUUGGCUGUGCAAGUUUUAUUGACUUCAUUUGUGACUUCCAUGGACUUCCAUCCACAUAGGAUUUUCAAUUUUUCAUCCACAGAGAUCAUUUGAACUGACAAGAUUUUAUGACAGUAUUUUAAAUCUUAGUAUAUUUCUAGAAAAAGAAACUUGAACGAUUUACCUCUGUGAAUAUUGUCCUGUAAUCGCAUGGACUUGUGACGCGUUUAAACGCGCUUUUUACGCAACAGGUUGCGCUGUCCGAGGUGCUGAUGAUGAGCGCCUUCAAUCGAUAGCGCCACGUUCCCGUUCACAUGCAUAUAAAUCCUAUCAUCAGCUUACAAAUGUCCAUUUCUUUGCUAGCAGAGCUGUUUUAACAUCUUAGCUCUUCACAUCGACUAGGUAUCUAUUGCUGUGGAAAGUGCAACCCUUAGCUUUCCAGAAUGCAAUAACUGCUGAUAUCACUUUACCUCCCAUGGGAAAUUAGUCACUGCGCGGCUCGGUUCAGAUCUUUCGCUGCCGUCUUGGAUCACUGCUGAGUAAAGGUGAGACCCUAAAACCUGAAAGGACCAGACGAUUGACUUCUAAGCUCCACUGACAGUGAGGAAGGACUACAACUUAAUGCCUCUGUCAGACUUUCACCUCAAGAAAAAGUCCUUAGUCACAGUUGCGCAUCAUGUGUCGUCGUCAGCCUCUCUCCAAACCAUGCACAUAAGGAUACGCUGCUGUUUUGGUCUGCUUAACAAAAGAAUGAAGGAAUAUGUUUAACAGCUGCUUCAUCUAUGGAUUACUACACCCAUGAAGACACAUCUACAUUAUGGCUUUUAAUCGACAGCGAACAAUGCUGGAUCCGUAGCAGCGACCAUUUCAGUGCAGUUUCUUUUUGUGGAACUAAUUCUUAGGACUAUAAUCCUUGUGUUCAGACGUCUAGUUGGUCCUCUCCACCUCUCCUUCCCUACUGAACCUCAGGCCCUGGAUGAGGGUUAGAGGAGAGGUCACAACUUUGCCAUGGCUCAAUCGUCUGACACGGCACGCAAAGAAAUGACGAAUGGGACUCAUCCCAGUGCCCAGCCAGGGCCCUCGGGCACCUCUACUUUACCACGGUACCUGCACAAGAAGCAACAACGCCACAGAGGAGUAAGAUCUUCCUCCCCUAUGGGCAGAGUCAUCCUCAUUAAUUCACCUGUUGAUGGUGGGGAUGAGAGUGAAGACAUCCACACAAUUACCGUGGACAAAAGCGAGGAUGGCAGGCUGGGCUUUAGUGUGCGCGGAGGCUCUGAGCACGGCCUUGGCAUCUUUGUCAGCAAGGUGGAGGAUGACAGCUCUGCAGAGCUGGCAGGCCUGAGUGUUGGAGAUAAGCUUGUAGAGGUGAAUGGCAUUAGUUUGGAGAGCAUCACAAUGAGUAGUGCGGUGAAAGUCCUGACGGGAAACAAUCGUCUACGGAUGGUGGUAAGACGGGUUGGGAAAGUGCCUGGCAUCCGCUACUCGAAGGAGAAGACAACAUGGGUAGAUCUGAUUCACAGAAGGAUGGUAGUUGAAGAGAGUGGUCGCACACCGUCUGAAGCCAGUUCAGAUGGAGCACUUCGCAGAAUAGUGCACCUUUACACAACCUCGGAUGACUACUGCUUGGGCUUCAACAUUCGUGGUGGCAAAGAGUUUGGCCUGGGCAUUUAUGUCUCAAAGCUGGACCCUGGUGGCCUGGCGGAGCAAAAUGGAAUUAAAAUGGGGGAUCAGAUUUUGGCAGCCAAUGGUGUGAGUUUUGAGGACAUCACACACAACAAUGCAGUAGAAGUGCUAAAGAGUCACACUCACGUGAUGUUGACCAUCAAGGAGGCUGGAAGAUAUCCUGCUUAUAAGGAGAUGGUGGCCGAGUACAGCUGGCUGAAAAAAUUGGCAAAUGGAGGUCAGCCCUCUUCUUCUCAGGGUUCAGACUCUUAUUCCUCCACGUCCUCUUUGUCUUCUGGAACGCCGGUCAGUUCCCUCAGCGGCCUCUCGCAGGUCAUGUUCCCCCCUGUUUUUGGCUCAGGAAUGGUGGAUGUCUGUAUUUCCACUGAGGACCGUUCACGUCGGCCCAGCUCUGAACGGACAGAAACUGCAAUGCAGACUGAUCCACAGGAGCUGGAAGCAUCUGUAAGAACUAGUAGGGUCAUGACCACAGAAACCAGUCGAACGGUGGGUGAAACGGUUCUGUUAAAAGACACAGCGAUCCGGAGUGGACACACCCACUCUCGGACCUUCUCUGCAGGGGAUAAAGAGACUUUGGACUCACCGAAAACUGCUGUGCUGAUGGCUCUCAGCAAACCUCGUAAACCCAUCCGCCGGUCCCAGAGUCACAUUACCAUAUCAGAGGACAAGCAGAAGAAAAAGAAACAUCAGAAGGAUAAAGUGGAUGCAGUGGGAAGCACCCUGCAGCGCUCCAAAACCUUUGUCAGCCUGCUGUUUAAAAGCGGUCGCAGGAGGGAGAGAUCUUCCUCCAGGGACAGAAAGGUUACAUGGACCGUGGGCGGACAAAGAGGAAGGUCCAAAUCCCCAAAACAUGAACCGGGUAAAGAGCGAGGUCGACCCAUAAUGAACCUGUUGAGUUCUCCCAGAGAGACCCGAGCUGGUAUGAGGGAGCACAGUCCUUUGCCCAGUCCAGAGACCAUGAGCUUAAUAGAGGACAUGGCUCACAAACUGCUGAAUGAGGAUGAGGUGGCUGCUGUCAUGAGACACUGUAAACGAUUUCUGUCCGAGCGUGUGGUUGAGGAUCUGGUGCGCCCCCUGCUGGCCAUACUGGACAGGCCUGAGAAGCUUCUGCUGCUGAGGGAGAUCAGAAUGAUCGUCCCUCCCACAGAUCUGGGCCGUUUUGACAGUAUGGUCCAGCCUUUUGAGCUUGAAGCCUAUGACAUAUUAAAGAACCGUUCUGUGAGAUCUCCUGUACUGCGCUCUCCUCGUCGUGGUGGGACACCCCGUCGCCAUCUAAUAACACCAAUCCCAGACUACAGGGGCGGAUUUCAACUCCAGCCAGUCCAAGAUCUGCAUAGAGAACGGCAACUGACGGAGGACCUUGAACGUUUACGUUUGGCAGGUCUACCGACUGGCCGUCUCCCUCCUCCUCGAACUUUCACACCUCUUCUGGAUGUACCGGUGGACACAUACAUCUCAGAUUCAGUAGGACAUCAUUCUCUGAGCCCCGCUCGGCCUGACCGGCAACAGUCGGAGUCCUCUCACGGCACAGAGCGACGUGGACGUUCCCCACAGAGAGACAAUGGUUUCCAGCAGAUAUCACAGCGUGACUCCUUGUCCAGCAGCGGUGACUCUGUUCCAGAGCGUGGAAGGUCACCUCAUAAGAAUGGGCAUAGAGCCAAAACUCAGAAUGGAAAAGAAGUGAAGUACACCGUAAUGAGCGCACACAGACGGAGCAGAACACCACUGACCCAGGUGUUUGGGAACAGCUCGGAUCAGGACUGGAGGGAAGCAGCGAACGGACACUCGAGUAGUCGAGAAAGUCCUUCGGAACAGGAAUAUGAACUGACCACGGUUUCUGUCUCCAAGACCAAACAGUCCUUGGGUAUAAGCAUCUCAGGUGGAAUGGAGUCAAAGGUGCAGCCAAUGGUAAAGAUAGAGAAGAUCUUUCCAGGAGGAGCGGCCUCCACAAGUGAUUUUCUGAAGGCUGGAUUCGAGCUAGUGUCAGUAGAUGGAGAGUCGCUCCAAGGUGUCACGCAUCAGCAUGCCGUGGAUGCAAUUCGGAGGGCUUUCAGCAACAAGGCCAAAGACCCAAUGGAGUUCAUCGUCAAAGUUCCCAAGAACCAGAGGGAUUAACUUGAAAGCAGCCAGAUAGAGCCACACAUUUGAAUUGUAUUUUCUCUAAUACUGCUGGGGAAAAAUGAAGGACAUUGGUUGUGAACUCAUGCCAUCACGUCCAGUGGGGUAAAAGCCAGAACUUUGAUUUAAAAGAAAUGGGCUUCCACAGAAAGCUUCUGGCCAUUUACAGUCGCUGAUCUCUUCCAUUCCUGUGUCAUUUUGUUAAUUCUGUUCCUUUAUAUUCUGUUAAACAAUCUGACAAAACAGUCACAAGUUUUCCACCAUUAAAGGCUCAGAAACCCUCUUUAAUGAGUGAAGUGUGAGGUUCUGCAUGAAAUGCUGAGUAUGAAAGUCAUAACACUACCCAUCCAGUCAUGGCCUCUCCACAUUCAUGAUUCAAAGAGAUUAAAUAAAACCAUGUUAUGGAUUUAGAUCCAGAUUAUUUCGCCGGUUUGGUUUAAUUAAGGGGAUUAUUACCAAAUGGAGGUGAUUUUCUCUUUAGGUCCUGUUCUUUAAAUUAAUAUCUAUUUUUGGAAAAAACUAAUAUACAGUUGACUUGGCUUUCCUUGUAUUUGUGCCUUAAAUCUGUACAUAUGAAUGAUGCAAAUGAAACCUAUACUUUGUGAUGAUUGUAGGAUCAGUGUUAUAUACUGAUGCAAUGAGAAGCAUCAAAGAAAGCAUGUACAUCUGCUUUGCACUUUUUGCAGCUCAUUUGAUUACAAAACAUUGUGUGCUUCUAAAUAAAAAGGUUAAAACACAGUAACUGCUUUUUGUUGUGUAAGUCUGAAAUUUUGACCUUUAAUAAGUCGCUAUUAUUGAUUGGAUAUUGUUGUAAGUUUCACAAUAUUAGUCUUAAUACCAUUGAUUUUGUGAUU